AUGAGGAAAUGUUAUGGCGGCCACGAAUUCCGAUGGAUAACCGUGGCCGUGUUUGGGGUUCCCAACGUGGGAGGGACGUUACAUAAGGAUGCCGGAUAUUCGAGAGCGAGAGCUCCUCUGAUGAGCUCGACCUUGCCGCCGAUAGCCCGGACCUCAGGGUUUGCUGGAGUGGCUGAAGUAGAGGCACUGGACGUACCGUACCACAGCAAUUCCGUGCUAACUGAACCUCUGCCUGUGUCCGCCUUGGAUAUGUGGCCUGACGCUUGGAAGGAAGACUCGCGGGAAUGGUCGAUGGAGGGCUCAAGGAAACCGUUAGUGGAAGCAAACCUGGAAGAACCACUGAUGGGAUCCGCCUUGUCUUGUUUGGCCAUGGAGAGUUCCUGGAAAUUACUGGCGGAGACCCCGCCAGAGCCGUCGGUGGCAGUCUCCUCGGUGGAACAGAUGACGGAAGCCUGGCCAGAGCUUUUGGUGGAAACCUGGCCUAAAUAUCUGAGGGAGGCUCCGUUGGAACCAUUGAUCGAAGUCUUGUUGAAGCCAUUGAUGGAAACGUCGCCGUUGAUGGAAACUUGGCCAUUGAUGGAAACUUCGCCGUUGAUCGAGGCUUCGGUGGAACCACUGGUGGAAGCGUCAAGGCGUCCGUUGCUGGAGCGUCUGAGGGCUGAGACCUGGCCUGAGCCUUCGAUUACAGGUUCAGUGGAACCUUCGGCGAGAGUCUCGGCAGAAACCUCGGUGGCGGAGACGGUCUCAGGGCAUAACCUGGUCGCUCGCGUAUUGGAAGAGUGCUUGGAGAAGGAGAAGGACAAUGAGCCAGUUCUCAGCCCAGAUGAGGAAUUGAGGGUUGUGAGGCUCGCGAAGGCAGCUGUCAUGAGAGAGCUGAGCAAACCAUCGAGUGGCACAGGAGUGUGGAUUUCCAAGCUGUCUAUAUCUGAUUUCGAAGCCUGUUCGUGGCGAUGGUUAAAGUUAGUAUUGCUAAUGCACGCAUGGCAAGACAAGGGCGGUGGCUUUGGUGAAGUGAUAUCAGUAUUGGAGAGUUUUCUGCCGAGGCCAGUGGGCGUUAAUGAUACCUGGUUCCUGGCUGGUGUGGUGCAGAGAUUCACUGUUGCCGGAUAUUUGUCCCGUUGGCUGCCUCGUACGGUACCGGUGGGGAGUGGUUGGCAUUCUCGGACUCUGCUUUAUCGAGUCACCUUCCCAGAUGAUGUCGUUCGUUUGCCGGAGACUGAGGAAUGUGUAAACCGGGUUUGUGCCAGCUCUAAGUUGGGGUGGUGGUUGUGUGAGGCUCAACGAAAUAUCCGCAUUGAUGAAGAAACGUGGAAGGUCCCCGUCUGUCCAAAUGCCAUUUUCACUGUUCAACGAGCUUUGGGCAAACAGAUAUUUGACGACGCCCUGCAGGCAAUGAGGCGUAUGUUCACCCCCCCGUCUCGAAUGUCAAAUGCAAUGUUCGUUGCUUGCUUACUCAAACACGUUGACACAAUGAGUCUUACUAAAAACAUUAGGAGGCUCCGGUUGACUUCCUCCAGUUCCACUUCCUCCAGUUUCAGUCAGCCGUCACCUUGUUCUUCUGACAUUAUUUGUCACGAUUCGGUCCGUCCCGAUGGGUUGAUUGACAGUGAUAGAUCGGUGGAUGCGGAGAUGACGUCCUUUUUGGCUCGCGUGAUUGAAGACUGCGCUACAAGAGAGAGAAACGAGGCAGUAAGUUUGACGGGAGUGUGGUGUGUUGCGAGGACUGCUUUCGAAGAGUUUGAGGCUGUGCUUUCCUCUAAAAGAAAGUCGGAUGAGCGGCGGCGUGAUGGACGGACAAUGCCCCUUUUCAACUCGUGUGGAUGGCGAUGGCUGUGCCUGGCGGGACUGAUGAAUGAUCACUUGGAGCCGGAUGAGGUGCGUCAAUUAAUUGCUGAGAGCGAAAAGUUAGUGCCUCGGCCGAAACAUGUGUCACCGUUGUGGUACUUGGCCUGUCGGAUACAGGCCUGCCUUAGGGUACGGGUCAUUGCUGCCGGCUUCAAGAGCUGGCUAAAAGCACCCCCAGCGUGGUGGGUAUUCAGCUGUGCAAUUUACCAGGAUCACUUCCCCAAAACAUUUGGCCAGCUGCCGAUGUCUAAGAGGUCUGCUCGCCUAAUUGCCUUCACUUCUAAGGCUGCACACUGGAUUGCAUCCGGAAUCAAAAACUUUCAUGUCACCAAAAAGACACUGUUACCUAGCUCAUAUGGCGACAUUGUGGAUAUCUUUCACAAGGUUAUGGGAGACCGAUGGUUCAACGAAAUGAUCAAUAUAAUCAGACCAAAGAUCUCUAUUCAAGCCCGACAACAUAUGGGCCAGAUGACAGACAAGUCCCUCAUGGAAAUCAUCCUCAAGUACGCACGGGCGCAGCGAAAUAUGGCCUCCCAGUUUUGCGGCCUAUGGCAAUUUGAUAUCGCUUCGAAGAGAUCUGAUGACUUGGCAGAUGCGGAAUCGUCUGAAGAUGAGCGGCCAACGAAAAGAGUCUGCAAUAGAUGA